AGUCUAGCCUCGUAUCUUGAGUUUAUUGGACGUGAAGUAUAAAAGGACGGAUCGAAUAAAUAUUUCGAGUGUGUGAAAAAAAGUUUUCAAUGUAGGAAAAUUUAUAUGUAUAUAUAAUAUAUAUAUAUAGAUACAAUUGAAGUAAAAAUUAAAUUUAAUUAUUGUAUCUGUUCUUUUAAAACAAAGCAAAAAAGUUUAUGAAAACCAAACAAACAUUUAUAUUUAUUUAAAAUAAAAUAUUUUAUAAAAUUAAAUCAUAAAAAUAAAAGAAAAUUAACAAAUUUCCGUGCUGUGAUAAGAGCAAAAAAAAUAAAAAGUGUGAGUUUGUGAAAAAAAAGUAUCUAAGUGGAAAUAUUAUGCGAAGAAAAAUUCCAUGCUGAAAUUUCUCAAACGUAUCUCAACUUAAAAAAUUUCAAAUUGUGAAUGCAAAAGAUUUUAAACCAAUAAUUUUAAUGAAAUUGUCUAUUGGUGGUCUAUAACCACAAAAUACAACACUAAAGACUAUUAAAUAAUUUCCGGUCUUUGAUACGGAAGUGAAGAAGAAAAUAUUUAAACUGUUUUACGCGGAAGGGAAUGGUAUAUUUCUUGGGGGACUGGGGCAUGGGAGAUUCUGACUGUGCGUCAUACCAUCAACAUGUUCCAAAUAUACAACAAAGUAUACAUCGUCAUCAUGUGCAACAUGAACCUCAACAAUUACAGCAACAACAACAGCAACAGCGAGACCAACAAUUGCUGCAACAACAUCAACAACAUGUUGGACAAAUCGCACCAACUUUAGAACAAUUAUCAUCAUCUAUCCAAUUUGCAAAUAGCAAUAAUCUUAACACAACAACAUUUCUAACUGGUAAUGUUGGUAAUAUAAAUUUAACUUCAACAACAUUUUCACAUCAACAGCAAUACACAUCGCCACAACAUGUUGCCAGCAGCUCAUUAGUAACAGCCAAUUUACAACAAUUAUCAGUAAGCAGCAAUAAUAACAGUAACUGUGCUACGCCAAUCAAAACUGCAACAACAUUACAAGUUACUGGUGAUAAAUCACUAAUAACACAGCAACAACAACAACAACAACAACAACAUCAACAACAGCAGCAGCAGCAACAACAAUUAGCAACUGCCGCUGCUGAAUUAUUACAGUAUUUGGGUAGACAACGUUCAGUAUCAUUAGCUGGUAAUGCUAGUGCAUCUGAGUCCUUUCAUAAGACCAUUACUCCAUUAUUGGGUGCCGCUGCAGCAGCUACACCUCAAACACAAUUAAGCAGAGAUCUUUUGGAUAAUGAAGAUGAAGUCGCAUUGCAACCAUUGUCUAAUCAGGUGGGAGGACACACCCGUUUACUCCUGCUCAAUCAGUCUACAGUGAUAAAACCAUUGAAUUUGCGUGAAUUGGACUUCUAUCAAAACAUUCCGCAAGAUAUACAGAAGUUUGUUCCUAAAUACAAAGGCGUUAUGCAAGCUACAAGUAUGGGUGGCGCAAAAUUGGAUAAACGUUAUUCCCCAAGUUUUCGUGAAGAGCAGCCCGUAAGAAAAAUGAGCGCUUCCAAACGCAAAAGGGAUGAUGUCUUAAGGAUGAAAGUUCAUAAAAACGGAAAUGCUGCUGAUGUUAUUAAGAGUAUUUCACAAAUAGAUAACUCCAAUAAGCAAUAUUUUUUGAUGCUCGAAAAUAUAACAUCGCAGUUUCGGAAUCCCUGUAUACUGGAUUUAAAAAUGGGUACACGCCAACAUGGAGAUGAUGCUUCAGCGGAAAAACGUUCAAAGCAAAUGGCGAAAUGUGCGGCUAGUACAUCAGCUUCGCUAGGUGUGAGAUUGUGCGGUAUGCAGACCUAUCAAGCACAUCUAGACCAAUUUGCAAAACGUGAUAAAUAUUGGGGUCGUGAGCUCAAUGAAAGUGGCUUCAAACAGGCACUACAUGACUUCUUCUAUAAUGGUUAUCGUUUGCGUAUUCGUGUCGUUAAGAAAAUUGUACAACGUUUACUGCAAUUGAGACACGUUAUAGAGAAGCAAUCUAGUUUCAGAUUUUACUCUUGCUCCCUAUUAUUAGUAUAUGAAGGAUUUGAAGAGAAUCCCAUGGAACAUCCAAUGGAUAUUGAAGAUUGGCUUAUACCAACUGCACCAGCUAUGUCUACAAAAUCUGCCACUUUUGACUACCAUCCCGAUAACAGUAUGGAUGAAGAUGAUGAUAUAGAAGAUGACGAGGCGGUAUUGGAAGAUGAGUAUUGUCAGAAUACAGCAAAUCAAUGCACUGAUAGUGUUGAUACUCAUGACCAUACCGCUGAUGAAGAUUUACAUUUAGUUGCAGCUGAUAGCGGUAAUGCUUCAGCUACUAAUAGCAGUACUGGUGGUGAUCAUUGCUGCUACGAUGCAGAUGCUUCAAAUGACUCAACUACAGAAUUGAAUCUCACACGCCGCACUCACCAACGGAAUACUACAAAUCUGCAAAAUAUUGAUAAUAAAUAUCAUCCCGGCUUUGCGGAAGCAACAGAAAGAGGUGUUAAAAAUGCGAUAACACCAAGCACAUCAAUAUCCGAUGCUGAAGAUGAGUCCAAUGUAAUGACAGAAAUCGAUUGCUUAGCAAUGCCACCACCAAAUACAGCUCUGUCUAACACAUUUAAUAAUACAAAUACAAAUACAAAUACAAAUACAAAUACAAAUACAAAUACCACUCCUGCAUUCAUUCCAAUAUCUGAAGAAACAGUAUUUCUCGAUCCUGAACCACCGAUGCCAAGCAUUUCGACGUCAUCACCGCAUUCAGGAGAUUCAUGGAUGAAUUACAGCAGUAACAGCAGCGAUGAUUUUUCUGGUUUAUCAGAACAAAUCAAAGCGGUGACGAGUGGACGACAAACCGGUAAUAACAGCUCUGAUGAAGCCAGUUCCGAUUAUGAGAGCAGCAUUAUAGGACAAACUGAAGCCAUGUUUAAACGCUACAAAUCUCAACAAUCUCAACAGGAUUCAUUCGAUACAACUGCGCCAACGCCAGAAACGCCAGCAAGUGUGACAUCGCCAUUACCACACAAUGUAAAACUGAAUACAGUACCUACGACAAUCUCUCCUGCUUCGUCCACUACUUCUUCAUUGAAAUCUGUAAAAGCAGCUGUUAAGCGAUUGCGAUGUAAAGAUGGUGAUGAAUAUGAUGAAAGUGGUGCAAUGGCUCACAAAGAUACUUCAUCUUUAGCAAAAAAAUCAACAACAACUGCAACUGCUUGUGGUAGCGCCGUUACAAGAGCAUCCACACCUGUUUCUGUAGUAACAUCGCCAACUAAAAGUUCCACACCAACUUUAGCAGAGGAAGAAAAAAUUAAAAAUUCAAUAUUGGCUGGCUUAUUGAGAGAAUCAUUAGAACGCACCAAGCAGGAAGAAAAAGCCAAUCAGAAUAAUAUCACAAAUAAAAUUACCAGCCAUGUAAGCAAUCAAACAAGCAAUAACCCUUCAACACAACGUAUGUUACUGCAAGUAUCAUCAAAAUCAUUUGAUAUCUCAACCUGCACUGCCAGCUACAAUACCGUUAGUGACGAUGCCCGUUGUCCUGUAGAUGUACGCUUAAUAGAUUUUGCCCAUACUGCUUUCGUACCGCGUAAUGGUAACGGUUUGCUGCCAGCAACUGCAACUGCUCCGGUACACCAUGGGCCAGAUGGUGGUUUUUUGACAGGCCUAGAUAGCCUAAAUCGUUUAUUAAAUGAAAUUUUACAAGAAGAGCUGCCAUAAAUAUUUGAAAAAAGCAUAAAAAACGAAUAUUAAUAGAAGUUAGGGCUAUAUAAAUUUGAAGUAAAUAAAAUUACUUGUGUCUAAAGUAAAUAAGCAAUAGUUAUUGAAUCGAACUAAGGUUCAUUCUGCAUUACUGCAUUAUUGCUUUACUGCGUUACAUGAAAUGAUGUAAAAGCGAAUUUACUUUUUUACAGGAUGUGGCAACUUGUGAUAAUACAAAAAUGGCUUGACAAACCUAACCAAAUGAAAAUAUUGCAAAACCCAAUAAAUUAAGGCUUAAAAUAAUGUAUAUGCCACUCAGAAAGUACAAAAUAACAUAAAGCUUAUAGUAAUUAAAAUAUUAAAAUUAAUUUAACAUUAAGAAUAUGUACGAAAUACAUGCUGAUGAUCUAUGUAUAUAGAAAUUCGAACUUCAAUGGAAUAAGUUCGUCUUUUGAAAUUCUAUGCUAUGUACUUUGAAUACUUGCGAAAUCAUGUAUACGUCCUUAAAUAAAACUUUGUCAUGUGAAAUAGCUAUAUAAUUAAUAUUCUCAGUGACUUAUAAAAUUGUUAUUUUACUGAAAUAUUUUGAAAAAUAUAUGGACGGACAAGAUAAAAUAUUUAAACAAAUUGAAGCAACAUAAAGGAUAAUAGAACCGAUAAUUGUGUGAAAGUAUAGAAUAAAGUAUGCUAACCGAAAAGAAAUAAAGUUGUUGUAUGGCGGGCCUUCCGUUCUAUUUUCCUACGUGAUUGUUUCCGAGUUCACUUUCUGUUAUUAACAGAUACUAAACUAAGCAGAGAAGUAUUUAAUUGUCGAGGAAUUCGAUUAUUCGGUAUUCACGCUAUACAGGUGAAGUUUGAGAAGUGAGCUAAGUGUGUUGCUUUGAUACAAAUAUAGGUAAAACAAGAUGCUUCUAAGGAGGUUCUAAAUUUGAUAAUGAUGAAAAUAAUUUUAACGGAUGAAAGAUGUUUUCAUAAAACGUAUAAAAACGUAAAAACGUAUAGGGACUACAAUUUUUAAUCAACAAAUGCAUUACAGGUGAUUCAUAAUUGUUUUACAGAAUUUAAAACAAAAAUUAGAAAUUUCGUUAGCAAACAGCAAACA